UGCGGAAUCGUGUAUUUCCGGGGUGAUGCAAAACGUGCACCAUCGCGGCCCACAAUGUCGUGCUCCCAGACACAUUCCUCACCCUCGCGACCACGCACGCGAAACAAGGUGUCUUGUCUGGACUUGUCUCGAGCCAACUUGUCUCCAACACUUGGACGAAUCAACUAUCUCAGAGAAAGACAAAGCAGACACGCAAAUCACAUCAUGGGAUUCCCCGCAUUGGUCCAUUACCUGUUGCUGAUAAAAGGGGACUACGGGCCGAGCUCCAAGGGGAAGGGGCACAGCUCGCAGAUAGCAACAACAAAGAGUGAUAGUCCGAGUACCACUGCUAGACACGAUGGCAGCAGCAGCAGUCAAAGCACCGAUCGUGUCGGAGAUCCCUAUCCUCAAUGGACAUGGAACUGGAAUUGGACAUGGACAUACGGCGGAGGUACUGGUGCCGCCAGCACAAGCACAAGGAACAUCACCAGAAUCAGUACCAUCAGCACCACCGACGGCAACAGGGGAAGUGAAGCACCGACCAGCCUUCCAACUCGAGGAACACCCCAUUGACCAAGUGCGCCCGAUAAAAGUCGGCGUCAUCGGUGCCGGAUUGUCAGGAAUCACAGCGGGUGUUUUGUUGCCCGCGAAGCUUCCCGGACUGGAUUUGCGUAUCUAUGAUAAGAACGCGGAUGUUGGCGGAACGUGGUUCGAAAACACAUACCCGGGCGUGCGCUGCGACAUCCCCGCCCACGUGUACCAGUCCAACUUCGAGCCCAACACAAAAUGGACCGAGGAGUUUGCGCAGGGCGCCGAGAUCCGUGACUACUGGCAGGGGAUUGCGCGCAAGUACGACGUGUACAAGUAUAUCCGCGCGCAGCACAAGGUCGAGCGCGCGGAGUGGGUGAGCGAGAAGGGGAAGUGGAAGGUGACUGUCCGCAAUUUGAAGGAGGAUAAAGUCUACGAGGAGGAGCUGGAUGUAGUGCUCAAUGCGAUUGGGCACUUUAACGCGUGGAAGUUGCCUGAUUACCCGGGGAUCAACGACUUCAAGGGUCCGCUGUUCCACUCGUCGAAUUGGGAUCACUCUGUUGAUCUAAAGGACAAGUGUGUCGCGCUUAUUGGGAAUGGAGCAUCGGGAUUGCAAGUGCUCCCCUCCAUCCAGCCCAUCGCCGCGCGUGUCGACCACUACGCGCGAAACCGCACCUGGAUCGCCGACUCGUUCGGGACCGUCGGCGUCCGCCGCCUCGAGCCAAACCUCAUCCCACGGGAAACAAUCGAGUCCUUCAACGACGCAGACACAUACCUCUCGUACCGGAAGAAGAUCGAAAGCGGAUACUUUUCGCGCUUUGGCGCAAUCUUCCGCGGCAGUGAAGAGAACACGGGCCUCCGCGAGAAAUGGAGCGAGCUCAUGCUGCGACGCGUUACGGGGAAGCCAGAGCUCGCGGAGAAGAUCAUCCCGGAUUUUCCGCCAAAUUGUCGACGGCCGACGCCGGGGCCGGGAUAUCUUGAGGCGUUGUGUCAGGAGAAUGUCGAGUAUAUCCAGACGCAUAUUGAGCGGUUUACGGAAAAGAGUAUCGUCACGAAGGACGGGGUAGAAAGAGAGGUUGAUGUAGUCAUCUGCUCAACAGGCGCAAAUGUCGACCAUGCUCCUCCCUUCCCAAUUAUAUCCGGCAACCUGAAUCUUCAAAGCGCCUGGAGACACGACGGGCAUUUCGGGUUUCCCUAUAACUACCUCGGCGUGGCAACGCCGGGAUUUCCCAACCUCCUCUGGAUCGGUGGCCCAAACGCAACAGGGCACAGCGGGAGCGUUCCAAACAGCAUCGAGAACCAGAUUACAUACAUCGCCAAGAUCCUACGCAAACUACGCAGCCACGGGAUUAAAUCCCUCGUCCCGAGUAAGGCGGCAACAGACGAUUUCCUCGAGUACUCCGACGCGUUCUUCCCGCGGACCGUCUGGACGGAGCACUGUAGCUCUUGGUACAACGGUGGCCGGCCGGGUGCGCGGAUCCAUGGGCUUUUCCCGGCGUCGGCGGCUGCGUUGAAUUAUCUACGACGGGACCCGCGCUGGGAGGAUUGGGAGUAUGAGUAUACGAAUCCGAGCGGGAAUCGGUUUGGGUUUAUUGGGAAUGGGUGGACGAGCAGAGAGAUUCGGGCGCAGGAGAGAGAGGGUGAUGCAGCAGCUGAGGGCGAGACGAUUGAUCUCACGCCGCAUCUCAAGAGGCCCGAUCAGAUUGAUUUGAGGACGUAUCUGGAGACGUGGGCGGACGUUUAGCUGGGUUGGUAAUGUUAGAUCAGUCUAUUGGCUUAGAUCGCAGUAGUGUAAAGCGUAUACUAAGAAAAUACUAGCUUCUACAUGGCACAUGGCAUCCCCUCUCGGG